UUCUACUUUUGUUACUAAUGCUAUAGUAUCUGCACCGCUAGAUAGCAAUCCUAAUAAUAACCAAAAUGUGUCAGCCAAUCAAAAUGCAAAUGACAAUGAUGAAAACAGCCAAUCACAAUCUUUCUCUCUUUUUAAAGAUGGGAAGGUUAAAAAAUUAGAUGAAAGUUCUAUGGAUACUGAGAAUAAUUUGUCUGCUACCUUCCCUACUAAACCACACCUAACCAAAGAUAUAGAGCAUGUUAAUAGUUCUGGUGAGGGACCAACAAAACCUAACCUCUCUAGUACAGAUACUCUGCCCUCUAAUCUUAAACAUAAUGUACAAGAUUCCUCCCCCGAGGGGCUGGGGACCUUUUCAUACCAAAAGUCCCCAAACUCGACCCUCGGCAGGGAGCACAAAAAGGUUGUGUUUGCCGAUGAUAUUAGUUCCCAUCCGACGCCAGGUAAGGUUUCUGAGGGGGAAUGUAAGCAAGGCGAGAUUGUCAAAGGUAAGAAUAAACAGGAAACUGUUGUCAAGACAGGUUCUAUGCAUGUUAAUGAGGAAAAGGGAAAAUCAAUCGGUCAUGAGAAGCCAUUAAGAAAAUUAGUCCAUCAAGACUCCGGAAAAUCCUUGAGCAAGCAGGAUAGCUUGACAAAAAAAUCUACCAAUCUUGAAAAAGGAGGAGGAAUUUUAUACAAGGGGGAAAUAGUUUCCAGUUUCGAUAGAAAAGCUGACAGGAAACUGAUGAAACAGGAUAAUGUAAUAAAUGAGGACAUGCCAACAAACAAAGACCUGGCUACUGAUAAGGCUUCCAAGAAACUGUCACACAAAGAGCUGGUCGCUGAUAAUACCUCUAGGGAACUACCGCAGAAAGAGGUUACCACUGAUAAUGUGUCGAGGAAACUGCCUCAAAGGGAAGAAGCCGCUGAAAAUGUGUCCAGAAAGCUGCCACAAAGGGAAGAAGCCGCUGAAAAUGUGUCCAGAAAGCUGCCACAAGACGUCUCCAGCGAUAAGGCUGCUAGGAAAGGUAGUGUUACAAGGGAAAGUCCAGAUAAAAAAGCAGUGCAACAAGAACUGAAGAAAAUGGACAGCUUUGGUAAGGCUGAGGUCACCUAUCCUAAACGUACUGGUAGCAUAGAGAAAUUACAAAAACUUGACCUGAAUACAGGAAGUGACGCAGAAAAACCUGUUAGAACCGAGAAGGAAAGUGAGGAUAAAUGUAAGAAUGAGCUUAACAAGAACAGGGGUGGAAAAAAUACUGGACUAAAUGGUGGGGAAAACAUGAUUGGGGAUAUACCAUAUCUCCUACAUCGGCGCCACCUGGAAAAAAGCCCUGAACCUGUCAAAACAGAGGAGGUAACUUCGCCAACAGACAUGGAUGAGAUCAUAUCGAACAGGAGGAGCAGAAGCUUGAAGAAGAAACGGCCGUCAAACAUGCAGGUGCAUCAGGUUAAAGUUUACGAGGGGUCUCUUCCUGUCGUACCGGACAAGGGAAAGACAGAAGUCAAAUCUCCUGUGAGCGAGGGCAACAGUCCAGUCAGUCCAGUUAGUGGCGGGGGAAGUCCCUGUAGUGACACUUCCAGCCUGGGCAGUGUGGCAGGCAGCCCUGUUACUCCGGGGAGUGGUGUGGGCAGUCCUGUGAGUCCAGGUAGUCGAGGGGCCAGUCCCAUCAGCCCAGGUAGUCGAGGGGCCAGUCCUAUCAGCCCAGGUAGUCUACAACAGAGGAUAGGCAGUCGUUCACCCUCAGGAAAGCGGGGAUACCAGAGCCGAUCCCCAUCAGGUAAACGUACACCAUCCCGAACGUCCAAUGACAGGUCGCCAUCUUGUAACCGGCGGAUGGAGAUUGUCAAUUAUCACCGGCUGCCCCAUAGAGAUAGCUUCUCAAGCGUAGACGAUACCACAAGUCCCACAUUUGAGAAAGACAUAUUAAAACAGAUUCAAAAUAAAGAAAACAUCAAAGAAAAUGAUUCUGCAUUUUCAGAAUGUAACGGAGAGGUUAUCAAAGAUGGGACUACACUGCCCCCUCCACUUUCUGUAGCUAAGGUGCCACUGUCAAGUCAUCAAGCUAGCGAGGAUAAUAAAUCUAAUAAUAAUCUAGAAAUGGUGGAAGACAUCACAGUUGUCCAAAAUAAGCUUAACGACAACCUGGAGAAGCGUCUCUCUGAGGACAAACUCGCUAGAAAGGAAGCAACAGGGUUGCCAACAGAUUCAAAGAUGUAUGGCCUUCCUCAACAUAUAACACAGCAAGUUCAGCAUUCUUAUAAGGCUACCAGUGAUAACCCUAAAAUGGCUAAGGCCAAUAACCCUUCAGUAGUAAAUGCGUGUCAAUCUGGAGAUGAUCCAAAAAAUGUCAGGUCCAGUAACCCUACGCCAGUCAGCUGUCAACCAGGAGAGAGGGGUAAACCUGGGGUAUAUAUAAGUAGACCUGAACCUUCCAAAGUGGGUAGUGUACAAACCGCUGUCAACAAGACUUCAGCUUUCCAUAUGAAAAAUCCUGAUAAAAAAGCUAAGGAACCCUUUAGUCCUGUAUAUAGACCGACUUUUAGUUUGAAGCAGAGUAAAGACUCUGCUCUUUCUGCUCCAAAACAAGAAGAAACACAACCAAAAAUCACAACAAAGAAAUUAAACACCGACGGAAAAGAUAAUACCUCGGUUCGCACUAAACCAGCUUUACCAUGUCGAAAGCCUGCUUUACCAGGUAAAAAGCCAGAAAUAAUGAGCAAGAAACCAGCUCUACCAGGAAAAAGACAAGAUCAACAAACUAAAAGGACGAAUGCAUCAAGAAAAGCUGAUCAGGUGAGUUUGGAUUUUUCAUCCCCAGCGGCAGAUUUUAUAUUAUCAGAAACAGACUAUGCAAGUAAACCCAAUCGGAACAGCAUUACAUUUUCUACUUUUAAACCCCCAGACUCCAACUCAACAUCGCCACGGCCACUCAGCCUAGUCAGUGUUGAUGAGAAUGAGGAGGAACCAUCAAUUUCACUUGCAGCCGACAAGGAUCCUACGGUAAGGCUUAAUCAGACUUUCCACGCACAUCCUCCAGAGAAUGUGUUCCGCCCAAGUCCAAAGCCAAAGCUGAAACUGGGGCGACACCCGAGCGAUCAGGGCAUUGAAGGUUCAAAGGUCAAUGAGCCACGAAAGUUCCACAAAGAACGUGGCUACAUGUACAGUUUUGAGAGCGUCAAUGAUCCCCCUAGUGCUCAGAUGUUUUUGAGUGGAUCAACAGAUACGGACGUCCAAGGAAGUCCAGAGAGUGUGGAGUCGGUGGAUAUGCUGGAACCUCUGGAAAACCUGGAGGAAAAUAUCUCUGAUGGGUCAGAAUCUUCGGUAUCCGAAGGGAGCAACUCAGAGUUUGGGGAUGACAGUGAACACGAAUGUGACAGUAGUGAUAACGAUGAUGCUGAAAGACAUAAAGAAUUCUUACAAUUUGCCAAAAGUUUAGCUGACUCUGGCAAAGAAAUCACAGUUGAUUCUGGUGUUGGUAUCGAGUUAUCUGACUCUGGUAUUAAGGAUAAUUCCCCGUUAGAUCCUCUGGAUCAGCUAGAGACUUUGGAAGGGUCGGUUUACGAGGAUGAGAAUCAAAACUUACCUCCACGCAAUGACAAUAAUGGAAAAAGGCAUUACACUAACACAACGUUAAGUUCAAGUUCGGAUGAAUCUUACCAUGAGAGGAUUGUUCGGAACAAGCGGGUAAGCGUGGACCCCCUGGAGAGUCUUGAGAAUCCCCAUAUAGCAGAGCUGGCAUCACUUAGUGGAGAUUCAUAUAGCGAUGAAUGUGAUUCCGACGAUCACAUGACCUCCAGACACAGACUUGGGGCCGCCAUUCCAAUCCUCACCAUCAGUACUGCAUCAAGUCCAGACGACCCUCACAGGAGCCCCUCAAGUUCCCUUGACAACGAAAUUAGCCAAUCAAAUCCUUCUUAGAUAUAUGAAUUGUACAGUAUAUUAUUUGUUACGACAUGAUUACUCUUCUUGUAAUUAGCAUAUUAUUGAAACAUGAUGGAGAUACAAUUUUGUAUUAUAUUGAUUUCAUUUUUGACUGCAGAUUUUUUUGAUUUUUUAAAUGUUUUUAGUUUUUGCAUGAUCAGCACAAUUUAAGCAUGAGGCGCUAGAAGCAUUAUAUUUAUACAUAAAAAUAUA